ACAUCAUCGACGGAAGUGGCGUUGAUUUUCGCGCAAGGAAACGAGUCCUGGUCCUGGCGCGCCAAAUUUCAAAGCACUUCCUGGGGAGAGGAGGCGAUAAGAUUUACCACGGAGCACAAAUAAAAGACACAUGUAGCGUUUUACUAAACAUAUACCUUCAUAAAUUAGAAUGAAGAGGAGCAUGUGACGGCAUCUGACCCGGCACUGCAUAUCCACUUUUAAUACUUCACAUAGCUAGAGAUUUUGUGCAGAACUCUAUCUAUCUGUGCUGCUACUUUUUAGUUGUCCUCCAAAUAUUUUGAUAAUAUCUAGUGUGUCAGAUGUUAUGUACUUGGCAUAAUCAUUUAUUUAUAAGGGUCGUACUCAAAAGAGUCUUUCUGAGUAUGAGUCUUUGAUGGAGGACGUUUAGCCCAGUGUUAUGUGAUUGGCCCAGCUGUUGCCGGCUGUGUUGCAGAUCUUCUCCCCAUUUAUUUGUGGGAUGUCAAAAUGUCGUCAGGAGUCCAGCCGUGUUUUCAACUGUUGAGGAUUGGAUUGUCUCAUACAAACAGUAGUAACGCCCAUGGAAAUGAGUCAUCUGACUCUGCGCGUGACCUGUACACUUUCCGGCCCGCUCUGGCCCAGUGUGUGUUUAGGCUGGGACGGGCCACAGAGCUCUGUGACGUCACUCUGGAGUCAAUAAUCGUGUCCCGUAUCCAUGCUGAGCUCCAUGUGGAAAGAGAAACCGAUGCGUCUGGAGAAGAGGGCUGGAAAGUUCAAGUGAAGGACCGCAGCAGCUAUGGCACAUGGGUAAAUGACAUACGCCUUCAACAAGGAGUGUUUAAGGAAAUCUUUGAUGGCGACACACUCACCAUCGGUGGCCAAUCAGGACGGGCCAGCCCAGAAUUCUACUUCCUCUUCCAGAAAGUACGGGUUCGCCCACUGGACUUUGACGCCAUCACUGUGCCCAAAGCGGGUUCCUUCUCAUCUGACAUUAAGAACCGCAUCAGAACGUCCUCGGACCGUAAACCGGACCCCGCCUUGGACAUUUCAAAGCUGUCCAUCAACAGAGCCACGGUCAUCCUCAACUCCAUCGGCAGCCUGAGCAAGAUGAACGGCAGCUGCUGGACUUUUAAGAAAAGCGAAAAAACGACCAACUUGAACUCUCCGCCAUUCAAUGCGUUGGCCCCGCCCACAACCCCGCCUCCUUUCCAGGCUGUUGGCGAGAUUUCAUCCAAGUCUGUCCCGCCGUCUUCAAAAAGCCGACGCAAGUCAGCCCACACGGUUCUGCUGGAAGACGACAGUUCAGACGAUCCCGCGGAGGACGGGAGGAGAGUACAAGCAAAGAAAAGACGACGACUUUACAAGUCAGAGUCAGAGGUGUUUCAACCCCCUCUACCCAAACUGGAGCAAAGUUGCCGCUCACAGCUUGAUGUGUCGAAACACACCGGCAGCGUUUUCAAUGCGGCACCGAACAGGCAGUUCAAUCAUGUUGUGAACAUGAGUCACACCACAGGCAACAGCAUCAAUUUGACUCCCCACCGCCAGCAGAAACCCUGCUUGUCUGGUCCUGGACGGAGACCAAGGGCAAACAGCUCUCCGAUUUACUCUUCCCUGCGGAUGGGAAGUGAGAAUUACAACCUGACCUCCCCAUCAGCCAGGAUGAGUAAGACGGACAAGGCGAGGGGGGUGAUUUCUCGCUUUCAGGCCUCAACCGGGCGACGACGCGGAAGGCCUAGAAAACACCCGCUGCCGCCACGGCCUUCCCUGCCAUCUCCCUCAUCAUCAUCUUCCUCCAGCUCCUCUUCCUCAUCCUCCUCCUCUUCUUCCUCUUCUGAAGACGAGGAUGAUGUUGACAUGGGGGUCGCUCAGGGCGUGGAACCGUGCGCAGCGACACACUGUCGUCUCCCGCAGCAGGACACAGUGCAGUGGAUCCAGUGUGACGACUGCGACGCCUGGUAUCACCUCGACUGCCUGCCACACAAACACAACCGAGACUCGCUGCUGUUCGACCCCAGCGCAGACUUCCACUGCGGAUGCCACUCGCCCUCCUCUUCAUUCAAGGCUCUGUGAUAAACCAAGCUCUCAGACAUUGUUGUUAUUUCCAUCAAAUUCAUGGCGACUGGCAGAUAUGUUGCGUCUUGGCAUUCACCGUGCGAAUGUUGGCGAGUAAAUGUUUUCUGCAGUGGUGCUAAUUGCUUUGAAUGGUGAUUUAAUCUGAUUUGGAUCAAAUGAGGGUGUUGGAUUUGCACACCAGCUUCAUGCGCACUGCAUCCCAUUAGAACUCAGCACUGGAUGCUUUCUAACAUUUUAUGAUACAUGUAUUCCACAUACACACGGAUGUAAUCUAAAAGCUAAAAAUCCAAAAUAUGUAUGAAUAUAUUUGUCUUUUUUUGUGGGAUUUUAUAUUUUCAGAAGUAUGGAUUGAUGAAUUAAAGAGACUGAGUCUUUGGAUUCAAAUAUCGAGGAUGACUUGUAUAGGCUUUAACUAGAUACUUUACCAACAUAAUAGCUGGUAUGUAAUAUGUUGUCAUUAAAUACUGUAUGAGAGGUUUUAAAUUGGCGAUGAGAAUAUAUACGCGUGCAGUUAUGAAGAUGUGCUGUCUUAUUCAAUGGUUUCAUAAGCAUUAAUUUCAGAACGGCUAAACCUGAAGUCACUCCAGAAGCGUUUGAUUGAAUGCGUAAGUGAAGUGCAAACAUUUCUAUGUACAUUUUAACCUUGAAAUUUCAUCGCACACACGAUUGUCAGUGGGUUUUUUUGUAUGGGGCCUGUUAUUAACUCAAGUUUUGAUUCUGGUUUGGAUUAACCCUGUGUAGAUGUAUGCCUGUUUAUAAAAAUAGAAUUGCUGUGGUAUGAAUGUUAAAAGAUACUUUCACUGUCUUCACUUUAACUCAACAUUCUAAAAACGACAAAUGACUUCUGUCACAAUGUUUGUCUUGUUGGGAAUCAAGGGCUGAAUAAAGAAUUCUAUAUUUAAAAUA